UUCAUUACGAGCCGUGCCGUGGCCGGUGCUUGACCGGCUCGACAGCCCAUGUAUAUCAAGCCAGUCCGCACCAUCCGCCGAGAGGGCUCACCAGUCACCGCACUCCACGUCUUCCCACUCAUUCCCAGUCAAUCCCGUCUACCCGUAACAGCACUCGUUUGAGAUCAAAAUGAAGUUUACUGCAUACGCCGCCGUCCUCUUGGGACUCGUCUCCGUCGCCGUGGCUCAGGCCGAGGACCCCGGCCCGUCCCCGACUGAGUCGUACGGCUGUGAGCCUCAUGGCGAUCACUGGCACUGCGAGGGUCCUCGCGAGACGUCUGCUCCUCCGGCGGCCGCGACUACCGUCCCCGCCGUUAGCACUACCACCAUCACUUCGGCGGCCCAUGACGACCACGACGACCACGAGGAUCACACUGAUGAGGCCGGCACCGGCGCUCUGGCGCCGUCGCCCACCGAGUCUUAUGGCUGCGAGCCCCACGGCGACCACUGGCACUGCGAGGGUCCUAUCACCGCUCUCUCCACCAGUUCCGCCGACGUCUCUUCUGCUGCGUCAAUCACCUCUUCCACCGUCGCCGACUCCACGCUGUCGACCGCUACCAACACCACUAUCACGACGGCUCCCAGCAGAACCUCCGCCACCACCCCGGCGUCGCCGUCCCCAAGCACUGCCGGUGCUGCUCACUACGAGGUGGCCGGGCUCGGCUUUGCUGGCAUUGCUGGCAUUGCUGCCAUGGUUAUCUAGCGUCGCCGUUUCCGGUUAUCGACCUCGGCUCAAGGGAAUUGUUUUCAAUCGACUCUCGCUUGAGCCGUGUGCGUGAUAAUGCGGCAACGAAGCACGGCAGGGCAGGGCUAAGCUAAGAUUGUAUCAAACAUAAUC